UCAGUCAACGGUAACGAUUCGUCUCCCCCUUGCGGCCGCUGCCGUGUGGUUUCGACUAUCAAAAGGCGAUCUUGCUUCGUCUCUUUUUCCUGAUCCUUCCAUUUUUUUCUAUUUAAAUCCCGUUUCGUGCCCCUUCCAGCAGGCCGCCGAACGAGGUUUUCUGCUUCCCUCUCUUGCAACCCUUCGCCCUUGGGUCAAUCGCCUGCACCACCACCACCGCGUCGCCACCGGAUCUUCGAUCAGAUUAAACGGCCGGGUGGUCCCUGGGACGAGAGCGUGUUGUAGGGGUUGUGCAACUGAAAUUGUUGAAUUUGGUCGGACAUCGUGACCGCUCGGAAUGACUUCUCUUGGUUCUGCUUCGCCUGUCGUUGGCAUCCGUCUUCCUCAGAAGAACUGUGUUUUGCGGGUGUGUUUCAAACCACAUGAAGGUUCAUACUACAGUGCAUUUGAAGUAAAACACAAGAGAAUAAAUCUCACAUCGAAUGGUUUCAGAAAAGCAACAUGCGCUGCUUCAAAAGCAGAUAGUGGGUUUGCUAGUCUACCAAUUUCUCCUGAGGAUGACGUGCUAAUACAACAAAGCACCAUUAUUGAACAAGAUGAUUCAACUUCUAAUUCCAAGUAUCCAUCAGAUUCAUCAGCCCUUGCCGAAGGCAUUUCUGAUAUUGCUGUGAUUCCUGAGAAUUUUUCUAUAAAUAAUGAUGAGCCUGAUUUAGAUUCUCCUACUGAAGGAUUCUCUUCUAUCUCUGAAGCAAUUGAGGACAUUCGUCAAGGGAAGUUUGUGAUUGUUGUUGAUGACGAAGAUAGAGAAAAUGAAGGAGAUCUUAUAAUGGCAGCUUCUUUGGUGACGCCGGCGUCAAUGGCAUUCAUAGUCAAACAUGGAACUGGAAUUGUGUGUGUAAGCAUGAAAGAAGAAGAUCUUGAAAGAUUGGAUCUUCCUCUAAUGGUAUCAAAUAAAGAAAAUGAAGAAAAGUUGCGGACAGCAUUCACAGUCUCAGUGGAUGCUAAAGAAGGUACGACCACUGGUGUCUCUGCUACAGAUAGGGCAAAGACAGUUACGAUGCUUGCAUCACUCGAUUCAAAGCCUGAGGACUUCAACCGUCCUGGCCAUAUCUUUCCACUGAAAUACAAGGAGGGUGGUGUAUUAAAAAGAGCUGGACAUACAGAAGCAUCAGUUGAUCUGGCUAUGCUGGCUGGAUUUUCCCCUGUUGGAGUUUUAUGUGAGAUUGUUAAUGAGGAUGAUGGUUCCAUGGCUCGGCUGCCUAAGCUACGUGAAUUUGCUGAAAAAGAAAAAUUAAAGAUAAUUUCGAUUGCUGAUUUGAUAAGAUAUAGAAGGAAAAGGGACAAGCUGGUUGAACGUGCCUCUGUUGCACGCUUACCCUUAAAGUGGGGUUCUGUUCAGGCCUACUGUUAUCGUUCAGUGAUUGAUGGAAUGGAGCAUAUUGCCAUGGUUAAAGGAGAUAUUGGAGAUGGUCAGGAUAUCCUUGUGAGGGUACAUUCUGAGUGUCUUACUGGUGAUAUCUUUGGGUCGGCUAGAUGUGACUGUGGUAAUCAGCUUGCAACGGCUAUGGAAAUGAUUGAAAAAGCUGGCAGAGGUGUGCUGGUUUACCUUCGAGGGCAUGAAGGGAGGGGCAUUGGACUUGGUCACAAACUUCGAGCUUACAAUCUUCAGGAUGCUGGGCGUGACACUGUGGAAGCUAAUGAGGAACUUGGACUGCCUGUAGAUUCACGGGAAUAUGGCAUUGGUGCACAGAUAUUGGGUGACCUUGGUGUUCGAUCAAUGAAGUUAAUGACAAAUAACCCUGCCAAGUACGGUGGGCUUAAAGGCUAUGGACUGAGCAUCACUGGCAGGGUUCCGUUGAUAACUCCUAUUACUACAGAAAACAGAAGAUACUUGGAGACAAAAAGAGCAAAGAUGGGUCAUGUUUAUGGAUACAAUGGUGGUCUCACCGGAAGCAACGGAACUAACAAUCAACAUCAGGCAUAAUGUGGACUUUGCCAAAGCACUAUACAUUUUACCUUGGUCCUGAUUAUGAAUUUUGAGUCGCAAGCUUGAUUCAAAAGUUUUUGCACUACAUUCACCAUUUAUUCAUGAAAGUUCGUCGAGGCAUCUGCUUUUGAGGUAUUCCUCUUGUACUAUGAUGCUAGACAACGAGGCAUUUUCUCAUGUAAUUGAGCAAUGUAUCUUAUAAUUGAUUGAACCAGGAAGGAUUCAAAUGUCUACUCAUUUUGUAACAAAGUUAACGCCUGUGGACUUAAUGGCAUUGAACUUUUUGUUUUCUCUCUA